UGGGACAAAUUUCACAGAUUUUGAUCACCCACGACUGUCAAAUGUGGGGCUUUUUGUCUUUUCUUCAUGUUUAAAUUUAAACAGCAAUGGUUUGAGGGUGGUGGGUCACAAGGGGCUCAACUGUCACGAGUUUGACAAUGUAAUGGAAAAACAGUGGAAAGGAAAUGAUAUGGAAAUAACAGAAAACAAGAGAGCUGUUGUGAGCUUGAAUUGUUUUCAGCAAGUUGUCUGACAUGUACGGAAGUGAUGCAGAAUUUGAUAUUCUACCAUGGAAGUGCCUGACAUGAGAUGGACUGACAGAUAAGUGAGCUAUUCGUAGUUGAUGACAGGCAUUCAGAGAUUUUAGACAGUUAAGAAGAAUGGUUGAGAUGCUGUAUUUUUUGCAUUAACAUUAGUAAACAUUGGUAAGGAGUAAAAUCUCUCAUGAAAGGUUCCCAUCUUCUUUUUGAAUUCUCCUGGGAUUGCUCAUUAGUGCAAACAGCUUUCUUUCCUGUGUGUCAUUUGGUCCAUGUUUAGUUUUCGCUGCUGUGAGGCAUAUCUCCUGCUACCUGAAUCAGUUUGAUUAUUCAUUACAGGCGACCUUUAGACUCACAGACCCAUAAAACUCAAGAGUUUGCUGCAAUCCCUUCAGCAGCAAACAGUAGCAGAGAACAGAAACCCAAAGGGGGAUUUAAAACGAGCUCAGCUGUUAAAAGUAAACGCAGAGACGCCGCUGAACUUGACAUGGCAACCAGCAACCUCUCAGAACGGGAUGACUGGAGUAUUUCACAGCUAAAAAUUGUUCUACUUGGAGGCAGAAACUCUGGAAAAAGUUCUGUUGGGAAUUUACUUUUGGGCAAAGAGGAGUUUGUGACCAAAGAGCGGACCUCCUGCUCUCGGAGGCUGGGUGUGGUGGCUGGACGGUGGAUCACAGUGGUGGACACUCCAGGCUGGUGGUGUGAUUUCAGCGCCGGGGACACGUCUCAGCUGGUGAAGAGGGAGAUCGUGAGCAGCGUUUCUCUGUGCCCGCCGGGCCCUCAUGUUUUCCUGAUUGUAAUCAAGGCGAGCUCGGCCUUCUCUGAGAGGCGUCGCAGAGCUGUGGAGGAGCACGUGGCCCUGCUGGGUGAUGGGGUGUGGAGUCACUGCAUGGUGGUCUUCACCUCCGCGGACAGGUUUCUACACAAAGGAGCAGAGGAGUGCGUGGAAAGAGGGGGAGCGGCCCUCCGCCGGCUGACUGAGAAGUGUGGUCAGAGGAGCCACAGUGUUGUUCUGAAUGAGCAGACUGAAGGAGCAGCGCUGCUGCUGAGGAUACAGAAACUUAUGUCGGAGAACGGAAACAGAGCUUUUGAGGUGGAAGAAAGCAUCUCUCAGGCAGCUGCAGAGGAGAAGAGAGCCGUGGACCAGAGAGCUCAUCUGAGGCUCAUCGGGAUGAAACGACAGAGAGCUCUGCUGAAAGGCAGGCUAAGACCCAUCACUAACAUCCGGAUUGUGCUGCUUGGAGCAAAAGGUUCAGGGAAGACCUCAGCCCUGAACACCAUCCUGAGCAGAGAAUGCCGCCGGCACCUCGGCAGAACGGCUCGGUGCCAGGUUGGAGAGGGAGUGAAGUUUGGGAGACAGCUGACGGUGGUGGACACUCCAGGCUGGUGGAUGAACUAUUUCAGUGAUGAGAGCUCCCACUUUGAUCAGAGGGAAAUGGUGCUCAGUCCGUCUCUCUGCCCUCCAGGGCCGCAUGUCUUUUUACUGACGAUCCGUGUGGACCGGGCUUUCACAGAGACUCACAGGAGAUCGGUGCAGGAGCACGUCGAGCUCAUCAGCGAGCACAUCUGGAGUCGUGUCAUCCUGCUGUUCACUUUUGGAGACUGGCUGGGAGCGACGACGACGGAGCAGUACAUCGAGAGCGAGGGAACACCGCUGCAGUGGCUGGUUGACAGGUGCAGCGACAGGUAUCAUGUGCUGAACAGCAGAACCAAAGGAGAAGGGUUUCAGGUCCGAGAACUGAUUGGGAAGAUUGAAGAAACCAUGAGCCGCCGCUGCUGCAGCAGCUGGCAUUACGAGAUUGAGAUGAAAGUGCUGCAGGAAGUGGAGAGGAGAAUGAAAAGAGAAGCAGAGAGAGUCAGAAAACGUCUGAUGAAGAAAGAGCAGCAAAGACACAGAGCGAGGGCACAGCUGGAGAAGAUGGAGCCUCUCCCGGAGCUCAGAUUGAUACUUGUUGGGGGCAGAAAAGUGGGCAAAAGCUCCUGUGGAAAUACCAUUCUCAGCACAGACAGUUUUGGCACAUUCUCCCAAACUACUUCCUGCACCGAGAAGCAGGGCCACAUCUGUGGCAAGAAGGUGUCGGUGCUGGACACGCCCGGCUGCCUCCCUGUGACCUCUGACCUCCUGACAGCAUCCUGUGCCAUCCUCCUGGUUGUCAACAUCAGCUCCUCGUUCACAGAUCUCCACAGGGCGGCCCUGGAGAAACAGCUGGAGGACGGAGGAUCCCAGAUGUGGAAGAAAACGAUGGUGCUGUUCAGUCACGGUGACUGGCUGGGAGACACGAGCACGGAGCAGCGGAUCGAGGGCGAGGGAGGGCCGCUGCAGGGGCUCGUUGAGCGCUGUGGAAACAGAUAUCACGUUUUGGACAAUAAGAACUGGGGAGAUGGAGCUCAGGUUAGAGAGCUGCUUGAUCUGGCGGAGGAGAUGCUGGUGGAGGAAAGGUUGGGUGACCUCCAUAGAGGCGAUCACAUGUGGAAAGGCAUCUCGGCAGAAAAACAGCAGCAGAAUGUGACGGCGUGUGGAAAGGAUUUAACGGAGCAUCUUAGCAGCGGACAUCCGCCGUCUCAUGACUCCUGUGAAGCAGCAGCUGCUGAAACUGCUCUGGUUGUGGCUUUACCAGCAGGAGGAGCCAGACGACAGGCUGGACUGACUUUUGUGGACAGGGACGCCUUCAUGUCCUACAUGGCUACACUGUUCUAUGGCAGACAAGGCAGUCAGGGACUGAGGCAGCCAGCUGCUGAUCUGCCUUUCCAGUUGUUGGCCCCUCACAGACAGCUCAGACUCAUCAGUGAAAACCACAUGGUUGUCUUUUCAUGCCAGACUCAGCAGAGGAAGGCCUUGGAGGCGGACGCCAUCAGUGCACGCACCCUCUGCCAUCCUGCACUGAGGGGUCGCACCCUCCAAAGGCUUUCUGAGUCUGGAAACCUGCAGGGUUUGAUCGACCAGUGGGGCUGCAGCAGUCUGAAGGAGCUGGAAGAUUUCAUUGACUCGUAUUUUGAGAUGGUCUGGGAACAAACCAUGGAGUCACUUCAUUCGUCUGAACCCGAAAGCCUCAGCACAGAGCCGGACACUGCCGUCGAAGAAACUGGAAGAGAAGAGCUUCUCUUAUCCAUCGACAGGAAACUGUCGAAGCUGGACAUCCUGGAGGAGAUCAGGAAUGAUGUGGCAGAACUGAGGCAGAAUCUGGAGAGCAGCUGGAGAGCCAUACAACAACUCGGAGAAAAAUGGGAAAAGGAUUCUGAUAAAAAAAGCGGACACAAGGAGCUUUAAUUAGGAAGAAACAUUUUCAUUUAUCCCCUUGUCGUCUCAUUUGUCUAAUUAUUAAAAUCCUUCCUUUAAUUGAGAGGUGAGAAUUUUGUAAAUAUAUUUGUCCACAAGAGGGAACUGUUGUAUUAGGAGUGGAUGUGUUUGAAUUUCUUCUCAUCCAUUUUUUAUUACAACUUCAAAAGAUUCUUCUGAUCCAUUCUACAUGGUUUAGUUCUGUCUAAAAUCAAAAGAAAUCCUCUAAUAGAUGAGAUGGAAUGGGUUUCCUGUAGACUAGAAAUUGGUUUUGUUAAAAUGACAGCUACUUUCAUUGCAAGUUACAAUAUUAGCAACUGCACUCAUUAGAAAAUGUUGGUGCGUUGAAUAAAAUGAAAGAUGUUUUAA